AUGGAAAUCUCCCCUUCAAUCCUACAAUUCAGUCCGCCAUUCACUCAAUCUUCAACUCAAAAAAUCUCUCUACAAAACAACUCAUCCACCCCUCUAGCCUUUAAAGUUAAAACAACUGCUCCCAAAUUAUACUGCGUUAGACCAAAUGCCUCCACUGUUAAUCCAGGCCAACAAGUGGAAAUAUCAAUCAUCUUACAAGGCCUCAAAAAGGAACCUUCUUUGGACUACAAAUGCAAAGACAAAUUCUUAAUCAUCUCUCUACCUUGCCCUUCAGAUGAAAUUAAUCAUGACGAUUUAGAAGGUGGUGUAGCUAAAGUCUGGCCUAAAUUGGAAUCUCAAUUUAAAGGCCAAAUCGUUCAAAAAAAAAUUAGAGUUCACUACAACUUAUCUCAA